GAUCUAUCUAACUGAAGAUUUUGGCAAUUUAGCGCCUUUUAUUUCGACAGCUGGCGACACUGGUAGCGUCAUCGUCCGUCAUUCCGUAGCUGAAAUAGUUCUUUUUGAUUUGUUCUCUCCGAGAAGCACUUGCAGCACAUUUGUUGUGUCUAUCAAAUCUGCAAAAUGGUUGCAGCUAAGAAACAGAAAAAGACCAUUGAGUCUAUUAACUCUCGCUUAGCUUUAGUGAUGAAAUCUGGAAAAUAUUGCUUAGGUUACAAACAAACUCUGAAAACCUUACGCCAAGGAAAAGCUAAGCUGGUCAUCAUUGCCAAAAAUGCACCUCCUCUCAGGAAAUCUGAAAUAGAGUAUUAUGCUCUAUUGGCAAAAACUGGAGUCCACCACUACAGUGGCAACAACAUCGAACUUGGCACAGCUUGCGGAAAGUAUUACAGAGUUUGCACGCUCGCCAUUACUGACCCUGGUGAUUCUGACAUCAUCACAUCCCUGCCAGAGGCGUCGGCGUAGGGAUUUUUAAUAAAUUAUUGAA